GGAGUAGUCUUUACAGUCGCGCACUGUCCUCACUCCUCCUUUUCCCCUCCUCUAGGCAAGGUGUGGAUUCAGUGCUUGGGGCACAGAGCAGAAAUGCUUUCUGCUGCCAGCGAAUGACAAAGGUCAACACGGAGAAAACUCUGAGGGAAACUCCACUCGGAUUUAAGGGGGACACUCAUGCGGUAGCGGAAUCCCAGGAAAUUCAGGUGAGCGAACGCAAUUGCAGGGUUAUCGUGGCUUCUGAGGCAAUUUUGCUGAUUUGCUCCGCGUGGAAAUGUAUCAGGGCAUAACCAUGACAACGAACCACGGACCUCCGUCUUACGAACCCAGUUUUCUUCAUAAUGCCGCCUCCGCUGCCACUUCGCCGGUCUACGUGCCGACGACCCGCGUCACCCCCAUGAUCCCUGCUCUGCCAUACCUCCAGACGCACGCGGCUUCGCAGCAGAGCAGCCCGGUUUCGAGUCAUUCGGCAUGGGCACAGUCAGGCGCGGAAACGGUGCCCUCCUACAACACAGCGAGCGCGCACCACUCGCCGGUGUCCCCACGUUUCACGUUCUCCACUAGUCCCCCUCUAACCACAGGCGUGGCUGGGGUAAGAGAGACUGCAACCUACUCGAGCCCCCUGAACAUCUCCACCAACGGACGGGAGCAUUACAGCUCUCGAGGCCUCGGCGGUUCUUAUCACAGUGCCUAUCCGGCCUACGUGAGUCCGAACAUGGGGGGAACUUGGGCCGCUUCCCACUUCGACAGCUCGGUGCUACACAGUCUCCAGCCUGGAGGACCAACUACCGCCGCAAGGCAUCCAAAUUUAGAAUUAUAUGAUGACUUUGCGGAAGGCCGUGAGUGUGUGAACUGUGGCGCUAUGUCGACUCCCCUGUGGCGGCGGGAUGGGACCGGUCAUUACCUGUGCAACGCUUGUGGUCUCUACCACAAGAUGAAUGGAGUUAAUCGGCCUCUCAUCAAACCACAGAGACGCUUGUCUGCCUCUAGGAGAGUGGGUUUGUCUUGCACUAACUGUCAAACGACCACCACCACUCUGUGGAGACGCAACGCAGAGGGAGAACCUGUCUGCAACGCCUGUGGCCUCUACAUGAAACUGCAUGGGGUCGCUCGACCCCUGGCCAUGAAGAAAGAGGGAAUUCAAACUCGCAAGCGCAAACCCAAAAACCUCAACAAGUCCAAAUCUGGAACCCCCGGCAACGACGUCCAAACCCCUUCUAGCACUCCCAGCUCCAGUAACACUGCCGAGGAGUCCCGCCCCAUUAAGACUGAACCAGACACGCCCACUCUCUAUUCUCAUCACAACAUACACGCACAGAUGACGGCUAUUCCUGCCUACAUGGGCACACCAAGUGGAGCAACUCCCCUCAAACUCUCCCCAGGAGGCCAUUCUGGUCCCUCCAGCUCUAAGACUGAGCCCUGGAACAGUCUGAUCCUGGCCUAGGCCGUAAUAACAGCACCCCUUUGUCCGACACCCAAGUGAAGUUACUCUCUGGUUUGAAACUUUCUGAGGUGUCCAGACCGGCUGAGCACAAAGCAAAAACAUUGAUGGAACCAUGGCAACAAAGAGGCGGAACAAACCGAAACAAGACAGCUGUAAAAUAAAAAUCGUAGAAUUUUGGAACUAGACACACUUUAUAGGAGAAAAACUAGCACAGAACCAUGGCAUCAAAGAAGCUAUGAGAGAACUUGAAAUGGUGAACCAAGGACCUGAUUUCUUUUUUCCGUUUUU